AUGGGGAAAGCCAACAUGGAGGAAGACCAACAUGGGGGAAAGCCAACAUGGAGGAAGACCAACAUGGGGGAAAGCCAACAUGGGGGAAGACCAACACGGGGGAAAGCCAACAUGGAGGAAGACCAACAUGGGGGAAAGCCAACAUGGAGGAAGACCAACAUGGGGAAAGCCAACAUGGAGGAAGACCAACAUGGGGGAAAGCCAACAUGGAGGAAGACCAACAUGGGGGAAAGCCAACAUGGGGGAAGACCAACACGGGGGAAAGCCAACAUGGAGGAAGACCAACAUGGGGGAAAGCCAACAUGGAGGAAGACCAACACGGGGGAAAGCCAACAUGGAGGAAGACCACCAUGGGGAAGGCCAACAUGGAGGAAGACCAACACGGGGGAAAGCCAACAUGGAGGAAGACCAACAUGGGGGAAAGCCAACAUGGAGGAAGACCAACAUGGGGGAAAGCCAACAUGGAGGAAGACCAACAUGGGGGAAAGCCAACAUGGAGGAAGACCACCACAGGUAAAAGCCAUCAUGGAGGAAGGCCGACACGGGGGGAAAGCCAACAUGUAUGAAGACCAACACGGGGGACAGCCAACAUGGAGGAAGACCAACAUGGGGGAAAGCCAACAUGGAGGAAGACCACCACAGGUAAAAGCCAUCAUGGAGGAAGGCCGACACGGGGGUAAAGCCAACAUGAAUGAAGACCAACACGGGGGACAGCCAGCAUGGAGGAAGACCAACAUGGGGGAAAGCCAACAUGGAGGAAGACCAACACGGGGGAAAGCCAACAUGGAGGAAGACCAACAAGGGGGAAAGCCAACAUGGAGGAAGACCAACAAGGGGGACAGCCAACAUGGAGGAAGACCAACACGGGGGACAGCCAACAUGGAGGAAGACCACCACAGGUAA